AUGGACGAGCUUGCCCUGAACGGCACGCUCGCCGGCGACGCCCUGGCCAACAUCACAGCCAACAUCACAGACAACUUGGCGGCCAGUAAUAUGACACCCAUGGCAGCAGCGCGCGCGGCCUUUUCUCUGUCGGACCCGUCAACCUUUGCACAGCUUCUGUAUGCCUACCGCCACAUGUUUAUUAUGGAGGCACGCAUCCUCGGCCUCGCCCUCGGUGUCAUCUACCUGGGCGCCCACGCCUCGCUGUCUCGGCCACACUCUGCGGCGCCUCGGGACGACGAGAGCGACAAGGCUGACGGUGACGGCAAAGGCACGACGAAGAAAAGGAAGCGCACGGCCGAUUACAUGCAGGAUCCGGCGCUUCUCAACCGCAUACUGCGCGCAUACACGUCGCUGAUCGCUGUGGCAAGCGUAGGCGCGUUCCUGGGCGGCGGCCUAAGCUUGGCCUCAUCUCUUGUCUUCCCCAACGUGUGGACAUCGCGCCGUGAUGGGCACUUGCACCGGGUGGACGGCAGCAAGCGCGCGCAGUGGGUGCAGAAAGCGACAGCAUCGGACGCUCCCAGAGCAGCGAACGAUACCAGUGCUUGGGAGCUGGAUCCGUCUCGGACGACGCCAUUCCCCGACAUGCUGGCGGCGCCCAUUUCUUGGCUUCCGGCAUCAUCCGCGGCUCGCGUGACAUCUGCCUCGUGGGCUUUCCGUCGCCUUGUCCGCGAAUCGUGGUCGAUCCAUAUGUCGUUGCGCGGCGUUGGCGAAGAGGAAAUCGAGGGCUUGACGAUUCACGCUCUCAUUGGCAUGGCACUGGCCGGCCUGACAGCGUACCUGUACUACUUCGUCGGACUCUUCCCCUCGCUGCUGAACAACAUUAUGGGCCUCGGUAUGAGUUACUUGUCGCUACAGCUGGUGUCGGGCACGUCGUUUGCAAUCGGCUCGACGGUGCUGAUCGGCCUCUUUGUGUACGAUGUCGUCAUGGUGUUCUACACGCCGUUCAUGGUGGCCGUGGCCACCCAAGUUGACGCUCCUAUCAAGAUCGUGGCCGGGUCGGGCCCGCAGACAGGCAUGUUGGGACUGGGUGACAUUGUGGUACCAGGCAUCUACAUGUGCCUGUGCCUUCGCUACGACCUGUACCGCCACUACGCACGGCAGAUCAAGCACGUGGACACAACUCUUACGGCGGAGGUGGCCAAUUUGGCGACGGACGAGGAUAAAGCGACUACGACAAAGACGACCACAGCCACCCGCGAAGUGAAGCCCCAGUACAUUGAUCCCCAGGGCCGUUGGGGCGAUCGACUGUGGACGUCCGGCGCCGCCACGGCAGUAACAACGGCCGGACUGGCGGCUGCGCGGUUUUCCAAGCCCUACUUUUACGCCUCAAUGGUCGCCUACGUCAUUGGACUGAUGGCGGCCAUGGCCGCUAUGCUUAUCACGCGCAAGGGACAACCCGCGCUCUUCUACCUGGUCCCUGCGCUUCUAGUGGCAACGUGGGGCCGGGCGGCCGUGACGGGCGACCUGAAGGGGAUGUGGGCGUACACAGAGGACGACUCGCAGGACACCAAGGACGUGGUUGUCGAGGUGGAUGCGGAUGGAAAGCCGAUCAAGGCCGACGAGACGAAGGACGAAAAGAAGGACAAGAAGACGGAUGGCAAGGAUGACCAGAAGAAGAAGGAGAACGAGAAUGAGAACGACAACGAGACCGGACGGGAUAUCUUUGUGUUUGCCAUCCGUGCGCCACCCGAGUCGGACUUUUUCGAGAUGGACAUUUGA